AUGAAAGUAAAGUUAUAUAUAACUGGUAAUUAUUUCUGUGCAGUGCUCGCGACCACGGAUGUUCCGAGUGUCCCGGUCGCCGUGACCACGCCAACUAAACUCCCAAAGUGCGACCGUACGUUCGUGAGUCGCGGAGGAGCCAGCAACGGUACCUUCCACGCUCCAGAGCUUCUGAAUCCCAACAACCACAGCCGUCAGUGUCUGUACACGUUCCUAGCGGCGCCAGGGCAGCGGGUCCUCGUCGAGUUCAGAACAUUCGAUCUCAGGGGCAAACCUCCAGAUGGAGCAGCAGUGGGGGAACUCCCGGCAUGCAUGCACGAGUACAUGGACAUCUACUCGGAGAUGGCGUCUCUGGAGGCGGGCGAGUUAGUGAACUCAGCGUUCGGUGGACGCUACUGCGGCCCCAUACCUCCCAGGAGGCGGGUCUCUCUGCACCGGGCGGUCGCUCUCGCUUUUUUUACAGAUCACACUUACACACCACCAACUCUGUUCGCGGGAACAUAUCGUUUCAUCAACGCCUCGGAAUACGAAGUGGGAACUCCCGUACCCAACACACUGUGCUCGUUCGUGAUCGAGGCCAGCAAACGCAAGACGGGUCUCCUUUUGUCGCCUACGUAUCCGGGACUAUACCCGAAGGACACCAUCUGCAACUAUCAAUUCGUGGGACAGCCCGGCCAGCGAAUACGACUCGAGUUCAGAGACUUCGAUCUGUUCUUCGGCGGUCCCCAUUGCCCGUUCGACUGGGUGCGCGUGUACGACGGGCCCGACAAUUCGUCGGCGGCCGUGGGCACGUACUGCGGACAACAACGGAACCUGGUCCUCUACUCCAGCGACGAGAGGCUCCUAGUAACUUUCUUUACUCUGCCGAGGUCAGCGAACACACAGAAUCGAGGGUUCAAGGGUAUCUUCGAGUUUUCAGAGAGUUUUGUUAAAUUAGAUUUUAUAAGUAAACAUGACGCCGAACACAUUAGGGGUUCGGAGUGCGAUCAGAAAAUACUUAGCAAAAAGGAAUCGACGGGAUUCGUUUAUCACCCAAAUUAUCCGUUUCCUUAUAUACAAAAAGUUGUUUGUAGAUAUUUUAUAUAUGGUAUGCAAGACUCACAAAACUUAGAGAGGGUUCGUUUGGAGUUCCAAAACUUUUCGAUACCAAAGGGUGAAAAUCCAAAACCGGAUUCAUGUCCCGAUGGUUACUUGAAGGUGUAUCUGCGCGGUCAAGAGGCGACUGAUUCCUAUGACAAACAUGACGCUGAGCUUUGUGGUGAAGGGUCUGCCGGUCCACCAGCCUUCCCGCCUCCACUCCUGUCUGACGGACCGAGGCUCGUCAUGGUUUUCAGCUCCGGGGAGUUGCAAGGAAGAGGAUUUAAAGCCAAAUAUACUUUUGAGACUGAAUAUCGAGUUCCAGGGACAGCGGCGCCGGGUGGAGAGUGCGCCUUUACAUAUCGCUCCGAAGCUAAGAAGAGAGGAGAGUUUAACUCUCCGCGGUACCCAUCAAACUAUCCCUCACGCACUAACUGUACAUACACACUAGUGGCGACUCCCAACGAACAAGUCACAGUUGUUUUUGAUCACUUCAAGGUUAAAGCGGACACAUGGAACGCUACUGCUGGCUUAUACGGUGGUGCAACGUGUAUCGAAGAUUGGGUAGAGGCGUGGUGGACGGGCCGAGAGGGCUCGCGGGUCCCGCUGGGUCGCUGGUGCGGGCCCGCCACCCCCGGACCCUUGCAGUCUCCUCGCGGGGCCUUGGGCCUUUUGAUCGCUCUGCACACAGACUACGACUCUGUUGCUUCAGGGUUUAAGGCGAGAUAUGUAUUUGAGCCGGCUAAAUCAAUCUUCGGCGACUGUGGCGGUAAUGUGUCAGGAUCAGCGUGGGGGGUGGUGUCUUCCCCUCGCUACCCGCUACCUUACGAGGCGCCCUCAAGAGGAGCGGCCUCCAGGGUGUGUAACUGGUUCAUCACCGCACGUCCGGGGAAAAGAUUACUCAUUAACUUCGACCACUUCGCCGUUGAGGGACAUCUUACUGAGCGUGGUUGUCCGGCCGCGGUGCUUCGUCUCUGGUACGAGUCUCCGGGCCCGCCGCUCGAGCUGUGCGGGGAGAAGGCGCCUGCCGACCGCUGGCAAUACCUGUCCUCAUCAAACUCCAUUAGACUAUCAUUCAUUAUAGCCGAUAAGUCAGUAGGCGCGGCGGGGUGGCGCGCUAUAUGGACGGAGGUGACUGUGGGUCCCCCCGGGGGCUCCGGCGUGUCUGGUUCAGGUGGGGGGGAGGAGUGCCCCGCCGUCUGUGGGGGGGCCUGCCUUCCACCCCGCGCCGCCUGCUCCGGCCUGCAACACUGCGCCGGCCAGCCCACCACACAACCCUCAUACUGCGUUGCGGCGUCGGUCCUGUGCGGGCCUCGCGCGGCGCUCGUCGUCCUAUCGCUUGUGCUCGCCGCCCGCACUGACCGGGCGCUGCACACCUCGGCAGCGGAGGCGAGCAGCAGUCUGGUGUGGUGGGUGGCGGGGGCUGCUGCUGGAGGGCUGGUGGGUGUCGCCGCGUGCUGGAGGCGCCGCAGACCUCGCGGGCCUCCGCCCCCGCCCCGACCCCCGCCUCACACCCUGGCAGCUAGACUCGCAGCCCCCACGGACACCGUGUGA